AUGGUCACAAAUUGUAAACGUGAGAAUCAUCUUAUUUUCUUGUGUCUAUUUGAUAAUAACAGCCAAGCAUCAGUUAGUGUAAAUGGUUCAAGCAAUUCUUCAAAUGUUCCCUUGUGGGCUAGAAACCCCAAGUUCUACAUUCUCGAGAAGUUAGCACAAUUUGUGCUAAAUAUUCCAAACAACAUAAUCUCAUUUGUAAAAAUGGUGAUUAGUUUCAUCUUUUUGACAACACAUACUACAGGAUAG